AGGACCCACAACUCUCUCCUCCACAUGGCGCCAGGCUGCCCUGGGACUGCUCCUCGUUUGCCUGAUGCUGCUGGCGGGGCUGGUGACCUUGGGGAUUAUGUAUGUCAAAUGAAAUGAACUCAGAUUCAGAGGAAUUGAAUAGGCUUCAGAAAAUUGCUCAUCAACAGCAAGACAACUUAUCCCAGCAACUGAGUCACCCUGGGAACUUAACCAUGGAGGAAAAAUCUCUCAAAUCACAGAUUUCCAAACUCUUGAAGAGGCAGGGCCAGUUAGCCAUCAAACUCUGCGAGGAGCUAAUCCUCCACACGUCAGACCACAGAUGUAACCCUUGCCCUGAGACAUGGCAGUGGCACCAAGACAGUUGUUAUUAUUUUAUGGCAAAUGAAGAGAAAACCUGGACUGAUAGUCGAAAGGACUGCAUGGACAAGAACUCCACCCUGGCAAAGAUAGACAGCUGGGAAGAAAAGAACUAUCUUAAAUCCCAGCCACUGCCCACAUCGUCUUUCUUUUGGCUGGGAUUGUCAUGGGAUCAUUCCGGCAGAAACUGGCUUUGGGAAGAUGGCUCUAUCCCUUCCCCAUCUUUAUUUAAUACUAAAGAACUUGCCCAGAUCAAUGGAUCCAAAGGAUGUGCUUAUUUUCAAAAAGGGAAUAUUUAUAUCUCUCGCUGCAGUGCUGAAAUUUCUUGGAUUUGUGAGAAGACGGCUGCUCCAGUGAAGGUUGACAAUUUGGAUUGACAGGCUUCUUCCAAAUCCACCAAGACAGA